UGAUGGGUGGGAGAAUAUAGCAAAGAAACCCCACUUCUUUAUGCAGAUACAUUGCAUGUGGGCUAUCAUUGCGUGUAUUGUCAUGUACCCAAACAACAUUCCACUUGCAAUAAAGGCUCUGACUUGCUCAACCCAGCCCUUUCAUUCAUUUCUCUGUCUUCUUUCUCUUCUCUCUUUCUCUCCAUCUCUUUUUGCCCUAUCUGAUAGGGUUUCCAUCUCCUUGUAUCUCCGAUCUUUUUCAUGCAAUCGCGUCUUGAAUCUCUAUACGGUGGUUUGUUAGCGUUUAUUGUUGUUGGGUUUCUCUUUUUUUCUCUCUUUGGAGGGUUUCUCGGUGCUAGACGGUGCGGAUUUGACCUCCCGGGGUUUUUUGAGCUGUACCCAUGUCUAAGCUCUUUGGUUUCGCUGGAGAUGAUGAUUUUUGCCCUGGGCGGUCAAUAUACCCAAACCCCAAGGAGCCUAGCCUCUUUUUGUCCCUUGGUCAUCAUGUGGAUGUGUAUUUUACUUCCAGCAAGAGAACUCGCAUCAGUGCUCCAUUUGUUUUUGGUGGAGAGAGGUUUGAGCAGAAAAGGCAAGCAUCUAUUGAAGUUCUGCCAGAUGAAUGUCUUUUUGAAAUCUUUAGACGUCUGCCUGGAGGAGAGGAAAGGAGUGCCUGUGCUUGUGUUUCAAAGCGCUGGCUUUCUCUUCUGAGUAAUAUGUCCAGGGAUGAACUCUGUGACAAGAAAACUACCCAAUUGUUGAAUGAAUCAGUUGAAAAGAAUGGUGAGGUUAAGUCUCGGGCUGAAAAUCAAGAAAUUGAGGGUGGUGGAUGCCUUUCCAGGUGCUUGGAGGGGAAGAAGGCCACUGAUAUUAGACUGUCAGCUAUUGCUGUUGGAACUGCUAGUCGAGGAGGUUUGGGAAAGCUUUCAAUCUGUGGAAACAAUUCUUACCAUGGGGUGACAAGUGCAGGUCUGAGGGCAAUUGCACGUGGCUGCCCUUCGCUUAAGGCUCUUACCUUAUGGAAAUUGCCUUUGGUUGGUGAUGAAGGUCUGUACGAGAUUGCUAAUGGCUGUCACAUGCUGGAGAAGCUUGAUCUUUGUGGGUGCCCUGCAAUUUCUGACAAGGGUUUGCUUGCAAUUGCCAGGAACUGUCCAAAUUUGACUGAUCUAACAAUAGAAGCUUGUUCAGGCAUUGGGAAUGAGGGUCUGCAAGCUGUUGGCCGAUAUUGCACCAAUCUAAAAUCCAUCUCAAUCGAGAACUGCCCAGUUGUUGGGGAUCAAGGAAUUUCAGGUCUGGUAUCUUCAGCAACAUAUGGUUUGUCAAAGAUGAAGCUCCAGGCUUUGAAUGUCACUGAUGUGUCUCUGGCUGUUAUUGGGCACUAUGGCAAGGCAGUUACUGAUCUUGUUCUUACCAACCUCCCAAAUGUGAGUGAGAAGGGCUUUUGGGUCAUGGGUAAUGGCCAUGGCUUACAGAAGCUGAAGUCCUUUACAGUUACAUCUUGCCGAGGACUGACGGAUACUGGGCUGGAAGCUAUGGGGAAGGGUUGCCCAAAUUUAAAGCAGUUCUGCCUCCGCAAGUGUGCAUUCCUAACUGACAAUGGACUGGUAUUGUUUGUGAGAGCUGCGAAGUCGCUGGAGAGCCUGCAGUUGGAGGAGUGCCACAGGAUUACCCAGCUUGGUUGUUUUGGUUCCCUUUUGAACUGUGGUGCACAAUUGAAGGCUCUUGCUAUGGUGAACUGCUUGGGAAUUAGAGACUUGAAUCUGAAAUUACCUCAGUUUUCUCCUUGCAAAUCCCUACGUUCAUUGUGCGUCCGUAACUGCCCAGGUUUUGGCGAUGGAAGCUUGGCUCUUAUGGGAAAGUUCUGUCCUCAGUUGCAGUAUGUGGAAUUGAGUGGACUCAAGGGUGUAACUGAUGCUGGGUUUACUCCAUUGCUUGAGAAUUAUGAUGCAGGUUUGGUGAAGGUUAAUCUUAGUGGUUGUGUGAAUGUGUCUGACAAAGUGGUGUCAGCGUUGACUGAGCAGCAUGGUUGGACUCUUGAAGUUCUGAAUCUUGAUGGAUGUGUGAAAAUUACUGAUGCAAGUUUGGCUGCAAUUGCGGAGAACUGCUUGUUGCUCAGUGAACUUUAUGUCUCAAGGUGUGCAAUCUCAGAUUCUGGGCUUAUGGUGAUGGCUUGUUCAAACCAGCUCAAUCUGCAGAUCUUUUCAGUGUCGGGUUGCUCUAUGAUAUCAGACCAGAGCUUAACUGCCCUUGUGAAAAUGGGUCAGACUCUGCUAGGAUUGAAUCUCCAGCACUGUAACGCCAUCAGCACCAGCACUGUUGAUCUGCUUGUAGAGCGGCUGUGGAGGUGUGAUAUCCUUUCCUAGGCAUUGAAUGAUGUGGAGAGAAUCCCUUUGCGGAAUUAGUAUGGCAAACAUAAUGCACAGGGUUCAAAGUAUGCAGCCUCAGAUUCUAGUCAGCUUUUAUGAGUAGCUUCAGCAGCUUGUGUAGUUUUUGGGUCCAUCAGCCAUGGGUCUUUUCUUCUUCUGGUACUCGGUUCCCUUUUCCUGGGAGCGUGGCCAUUGAUACUCUUUUUUUUGCAGGCUUCUGUUCAUCAGAAUCCUGUUAGAAAUAUUUUAGCUCCGAGAAUAUCGGAUGCAAAUUUCAUGAUGGCCAUAAUUCCCUGAGAAUACAGUCAACUGGGUUCUGAUUUUUAGGUUUUAAUUGUUUCCUGUUUCAUGGUUUUGACACUUGGUGUUUUAGCCUGGCCUUGUAUAUGGGUUACACCUGCUUACUCGGCUAAUGCUUUUCUAUGACCUACCAGUGUCGAGUCUGUCCAUCGUGAGUCUUCUUUUUUUUUUUUUGUAGUCAUGUUUAAAACGUGAUGGUUGGGUCUGUUUUCCCCGAAGGGUGGGAUAUGAUAGAAUCAAUUGUUCUGGUUGCUGUUGGCAGUUCGAGAGAUGGUGCCGUGUAGUCGUGGGCUUUGGCCGUGGCAGCAGGUUAUAGGGUCUGCCGUGACAACCUAUCUCCUUCAAGGGGGGCGGGGUUGUUUUUUAAUCCAAGCCCAUGUUUUACCGGUUUCAUUUCUUCAAGAACUGUAUUUUGCCACUGCUUGUGUAAUGAAAAAUAUUUCCACCCUUUGUGUUGUAUUGAAUCUUAUCUUAUGAAUGAUGAUAAAUAAAAAGUUAAUGCAGUCAUUUGUA